UACGCCGCCGCAAAUAAAUAGCUUCUCUGCCCUUUCCGUUAUCUCUCUCCUCUAUUGCAGCCGCCGCCGCUCCCAGCUCGCGCUCCCCUCGCCGCCGCAGCCGCCGCCGCCUCGCCUCCUCGGAGAUCUUCGCUGCCCUUCCGUCAACAUGGGGAAGACACGUGGUAUGGGAGCUGGGCGCAAGCUCAAGACCCACCGCAGGAACCAGAGAUGGGCAGACAAGGCCUACAAGAAGAGCCACUUGGGUAAUGAGUGGAAGAAACCCUUUGCUGGGUCAUCUCAUGCCAAGGGCAUCGUUCUGGAGAAGAUUGGUAUUGAGGCCAAGCAGCCCAACUCUGCCAUCCGUAAGUGUGCUCGUGUGCAGCUUGUGAAGAAUGGGAAGAAGAUUGCUGCCUUUGUGCCCAAUGACGGUUGCCUGAACUUCAUUGAGGAAAAUGACGAGGUGUUGAUUGCUGGAUUUGGUCGUAAGGGCCAUGCUGUGGGAGAUAUUCCUGGUGUCCGGUUCAAGGUCGUCAAGGUCUCUGGUGUGUCUCUGCUUGCUCUCUUCAAGGAGAAGAAGGAGAAGCCGAGGUCUUAGAUUACUGGUACAUCUUGGUUGGCAAGCAUGGAAUAGACAGAAUGAAAGGCUUUAGAUGCUCAAGAAUGAAGGCUUUAGAUGCUCAAGAAGAUGGUUCCUUGCUAUGUUUAAAGUGCGCUCUUUAUAUUGUUAACUUAAGAUUGUGUUGGUAAAAACCAUGCCUUGUCAGAUUUUUGCUUCUGUUAAGGGGAAAGUACUGUGCUGAGCUAUUUUCUCCGAUUUUGAGGCGCCAAUGUUUUGUUUGUUUCUUUGAUGACUCCAGCUCGUUUCGUUCAUCUGUUCUUUGUUUGAGCCUGAAGCAUCGUUUAGCUAUU